AGGAUUGGCGGCCUGUCGCAGUCGAUCAAAUUCGAAUAGUCGUUUGACACUUGAGUCAUCAAUCGUUGUCGAUUAAGAAAACAACACGAAUGAACGAUGGUGAUCGCUAUCGGGUUCGAGGGUAGCGCGAACAAAUUAGGCGUGGGUAUAAUUCGGGACCAGCAGGUGCUGUCGAACGUGCGACAUACCUACGUCACUCCACCGGGAGUAGGUUUUUUACCUCGAGAAACAGCGCAGCAUCACAAAGAGCACAUCCUGAACGUGUUGCAGAGAGCCUUGGACGAUGCGAACGUUACUCUGAAAGAUGUAGACAUUAUUUGUUACACGAAGGGGCCAGGGAUGGGAGCGCCCCUGACGGUCGCCGCCCUGGUGGCCAGAACUGUCGCACAGUUGUACGACAAACCUAUAGUCGCUGUCAACCACUGCAUCGGCCAUAUCGAGAUGGGACGCUUGAUCACCGGCAGCGAGAAUCCCACCGUCUUGUACGUCUCGGGCGGAAACACUCAGAUUAUCGCGUACUCCCGGCAGAGGUAUCGCAUUUUUGGCGAGACGAUCGACAUAGCGGUUGGCAACUGCCUGGACAGAUUUGCGAGACUGUUGAAACUGUCGAACGACCCUAGUCCUGGAUACAACAUAGAGCAAUUGGCGAAAAAGGGUAAGAAACUGGCACCACUACCGUACGUUGUCAAAGGGAUGGACGUAUCGUUUUCUGGUAUUUUGAGUCACAUAGAGGAACAUCUGUCCGAAUGGCUCGACACGAAGGCAUUCACUCCCGAGGAUCUAUGUUUCUCCUUGCAAGAGACUGUGUUUGCCAUGCUGAUCGAGAUCACAGAGCGUGCGAUGGCGCACGUGAGAUCGAGCGAGGUGCUGAUCGUAGGCGGUGUAGGGUGCAACGAAAGGCUGCAGGAAAUGAUGGGCAUCAUGUGCAAGGAGAGAAACGCUACUCUCUAUGCAACGGACGAGCGAUUCUGCAUUGACAAUGGCGUGAUGAUCGCAGUCGCUGGAUCGCUGCAAUAUAAAUGCGAGGGCGGCACACCCUGGAUGCAAACCACCUGUGUUCAAAGAUUAUGACACGGCUGAGUCGGUCGACCAGGUCGACGGAAGGGGCCGGACGGAUUCACGGAUGAAGCUGAAGAGGAACACCGUGGACGAGGUGGAGGAGGACGA